AUGAAGGAUAAGGUAGCCAGUGUCUAUGAAUCACCUGGCUUCUUUCUAGGGUUGGAUCCCAUUCCAGGAGCCCUGGAAGCUCUGCAGGAGAUGAUCCACAUGCAGGACACUGAAGUCUUUAUUUGCACAAGUCCUCUCCAAAAUUACGAGCACUGCAUCCUGGAAAAGUAUAAGUGGGUAGAGAAACAUCUGGGAGCCGAGUUUGUGAAGCGGAUUAUUCUAACCCAAGAUAAGACCAUCGUGUCUGUGGACCUGCUGUUUGACGACAAGGACACCAUUACAGGUGCAGAGCUGAAGCCAAGCUGGGAGCACAUCCUCUUUACCUGCUGCCACAACAGGCACAUCCAGCUGCAGGCCCCAUGCAGGCGGCUGCUGUCCUGGGCGGAUGACUGGAAGGGCAUCUUGGCAAGCAAGUACAGGCGGUAG